AUGUCGCUUACGUGCUCUGAAUGGACAAGACUCCAGAUCUGCAACCUCCCCACUUGGAGCCUCAGCAGGAAAGCUUCAGCAACCCCGCUUCUUGUCUUUCUGCUUGGCAUCCUGAUGCUUAAUCGCCAUUUCGGAAGCGCGAGACGCGACGAGACCAUGGAUCAACCCGUCAAUGAGACUUGGAAAAGAUGUAGCGAAUGUGCCCAACUAUCGAUUGAAUCUCUGGUCGAGCUGGCCCGCAUCGAGUUCACCGCGCACUCAUUUCCCCAGGAAUCUUACUACCGACAUCACGCAUCUUUUGAUGACUUGGAGAGGUCAGCCGGCGACGGUUGUGGUUUCUGUGGGCUUGUCCUCGAAUGCUUCCAGCGAAGUAUCUGCAUAGAUGACGAAGACCCUUUGAUAUGGCCCGACGAAUGGGAUUCGGGCCAACUGCCAUCGCCACCAGCUGGCUCGAAUACCAUGUAUGCCGUCGCAAAGUCCCUUCAUGUUUCCGACAUCAAGCUCUGCGUAAACGCCACUCAUCUAUACCAUCGCCAGACCAUCGAAGAAGCCCAAGUCUUUGACGAAAUCAUGGUCCAGGUCGGCCCUUUGGAAGUCCAAAGUCACGACGAGACGGAGUGGUCAAUGCCUCCGCUACGGUUGACUAUGGAGUCUCCUAGAGGUCAACCGUUGCUCGUUAGCAAUCUUCGGGUGGGGAGGUUGCAAGUUGACACCGACCUGGGGUCUCGGGCGAACUACAGUCUGGCCAGGCAGUGGUUGUCAGACUGCCGCCUUCUUCACGAAUCCUGCCUCUCAGAGCAGCUUCACGAGCUACCCACCCGAGUUAUCGACGUCGGCUGCUCACUGGACUCACCCACGGUAUCGCUGUUCGUGUCACAGGGGCUCAAGGCCGACUACGUCGCACUCAGCCACUGCUGGGGUGGUGCCAUAUCCCCUCUUUUGACGACCGAAACGAUGGAACCUUUCCAGCAAAGUAUCCAGAUAUCCACGUUGCCUGCCAACUUCCGCGAUGCCGUCGCCAUAACUCGCAACCUCGGCCUGCGCUAUCUCUGGAUCGAUUCUCUGUGUAUUCAACAAGACUCAAAGUCGGACUGGGACAGCGAGUCCAAGAUGAUGGGGUCGGUCUAUCGCAAUUCCACAGUCACCAUUUCCGCAAUGGUCUCGAGCGGCAGCAAGGAGGGCAUCCUAAAGUGUGGUCCUCCUGUCGCGGAACGCCACAAGAGCACGUCGCUGCCACUUUCAAGUCGGGGAUGCACGAGUUUACCCGAGGUCACUGUUUAUCGCAGAGACCCGGCCGAAGACACCUUCCGCGCCUUGGACAUGGGAUGCGCGCUGACGCGGCGAGGAUGGACGCUGCAGGAAUACAUGCUUUCGCCACGACAUAUCCUGUACGGGAAAGACAUGCUGUACUGGAGAUGCCCUCAGACUUUCCUCUCCUCCGAUGGCCUCCCUCCCGGGAACAGGACUCCGGGCGAAGCAUACGCCAGCCUGUCUCGCGUGAUAUACUCUGACAUCAUGCAUCAGCAGCCGCCGGCCUCCGACAUCAGCGUGCUCUUGAGCGAGUAUUAUGAGCUCGUCAGCGCCUACUCGGCAAGGAAGUUGACGUAUGGCUCCGAUAAGCUCCCGGCCUUCUCUGGUCUCGCGCAGAGACUCCAAGCCGCGAUCGGAGGAGACUACAUCGCAGGCAUCUGGACCACCGACUUCCGGCGAGGGUUGCUGUGGAUGGCCGACCGAGAGUUCUGCCGACACGCCUCCGGACCCUACCGCGCGCCGUCGUGGUCGUGGGCAGUCACCGACGAAGAGGUCCUUUUCAGGGGCUAUGCAGAAUCUGGUUCGAUUUUGGAACCCAGCCCCUCGAGCGCCAUCUUGAUCGACUACAGCGUCGAACCCCGGAUCCCUGGAAACCCUUACGGGGAGAUCGGUGCUGCCUCGCUCGUGCUUCGAGCUCUGGUCAAGCCGCUGUUGCGAAGCAGCCAAGUAGUCUAUACUACCCCGACAGACCCGGGCAUGGUCGGGACGGCGAGCUUCGACGAGCCGGUCGGCCCUGAUGACGCUCAGUCCAUGCACUUGACGGGCCUUUUCCAGAUGCGAAUGGAGUCUGCCGAGUAUAUGCUCUCGGUAGUCACCAAGCAAGGCCCCAAGGCCGAUUGGGAUCCGGAUCUUGAGCUCGUGCAGGACCAAGAGUACUGGCUUUUGCUCAUCUACACGGACGACAAGGUUCCAGAGGAUCCAAGGUGGUCCAAUUCCGAGGCCGUCUGCCUGAUUAUUCAAAGUGCGGGCGACGACCACCCGAACGAAACUUUCAAGCGAGUGGGGUUCGCAAAACUGAGGCCGCCAAAGCUAGAAUGGCUCAAGACGAUGGAAAGUCGAGUCCUGACUCUUGUGUGA